UUCUGUGGCUGUAUACGAGCUUGCAGUAUGUAAUACUUUAGUCGGUAUUGUUGUAGACAAUUAGCUUCGCAGCGUAUUGCCUUUAUUACCGGAUAGUGAAGCUGCUAACUUUAGCGGUUAGCUUAAAGAGCUAUAGAGAACAAUGUCGGCCGCUACCAGAAACAGGACUCUUUGCUGCUUUCAUGGAGUUACUUGCGGUGUUGCCGAGCACGGACGUUUCGUAUAUGUGGUUUCACGGUCGACUGGUAGUUAAAUUAGUACAUGAAGAGCCAAGUGAACACUAUUCAUGUCUUGAAAACAUUUGGCUUUGGCAGUCACCUGCAUAUAGGUUGUAGAGGUCUGGACAGCAUUGCUGCCUAUGGAUGUCAGCAUGGAGCCAGUGGAAAAUAAAAAUGUCACUGAUAGUGAUAAUAACUCAGAAGAACAGCAGAGCCAGUCAGAAGAUGCAGAAUCGAGUGUUAGGCCAACCUUGUCACAGGUUAGAAAGUCCUGGGGUUUCAGACGGACAACCAUUGCUCGAAGGGAGUUUAUGGAUGAAGUCGGAGACCUAUCCCACAGUCCUCCACUUGUUCGUCGGGGCAGAGGUCGUAGAACUUACCAGACACCCCAAACCACUACAGAGACCCCCUCCACAGAGAGACCUGCCCAAACAGCUAGGAGUGUUAUAGAGGACCUCCAGUGGUCUGCCCCAUCCUCACCUGUCUCAGAGGAUAGCAAGCCAGCCUCAGAAGCUUCUGCUGGAGGGAGCCUCGAUCCUAGCUUAUGGCAGGAUUUUGGGUCUGCCUUCCAUACAGCAUUCUCACUGCUUGGUGGGGAUGAAGGCCUGUCAAUGACAAUGUCAGAUGCACUGGCAGUGCCUGACAUUUUAGAAGCCACUGAUGCCAUUAAGAUUCCUAAUCCACAGACUAUUGAAGAAACUGAGGUGCCGGAUAAUAUGGGUGACGUGGAGAUGAAACUGCCGGUUAGUCCUGAAAAUGUGGCUGAGGCGGAGAUCCAGGAUGUGAUUUUUAUCUCUAGUCAAGAAGAAGACAGUGAUGACAUGCCUCUGAUACAAAUGAAGGAGCAGCUGGCUUCUCAUGGCAGGCAGGCAGACACAAGGGCAAGAGGGGGGAAAGGUGGCAGAGGAAGGGCCAGAGGAAGGGGGAGAGGCAGAGGAAGAGGUAGGGGAAGGGGUAGAGGGAGGGGUAGAGGUAGGGGCAGGGCAGUAGAGCUUCAGUCACGCAUUGCAAAUGAUGAGGACAACGAUGAUGACGUGAUGCUUGUUAAUCCACCUGAGCAGCUGCAUUUACAGGAAGAAGAAAAAGAAAAUUAUCCACACAACUCUCCUGAAAUAGAGGCAUCACUUCCUCACUCUGAUAAUGAUCCUGAUAUGAGUCCUGCUCAACAAUCAAGCUCAGACUGCAUUAUCAUAGACAAUGAUUUAGACCAAAUUACUGAUGUAGUUCCUGGACAGUAUGAUGAUGCGCCAGAGGAGGAGGAGACGAAAGAUGCUGAGAAUAUAGGAGAACAUUCAAGUAUAUCAAACACUGAGGGAUGUAACGCCAAUGCUUUGUACUGCAUCUGCCGGCAGAAGCAGGAUAAGAGGUUUAUGAUCUGCUGUGACAGUUGCCAGGAGUGGUUCCAUGGUGACUGUGUUGGCAUCAGUGAGACUGAGGGCCGUAAGAUAGAGAGGAAAGGGCAAGAGUAUACGUGCCCCCCCUGCACUGUGAAGAAGCAGAGCCAACUCCAAUCUGAGUCUCACCCUCAGCCAGAACCUGAGUACAGCUCUCCUGAAUGCUUGACACCAAGUCCUCCUGGUGAUGAAGGGUUGGGACAAGAGGAGCAGCGACCCCUUAAGGAGAGUGUAUUGAUGGGUGAUGAAGAGGAGAAGGAGGAGCAGAUUCCCAUAACAAAGCCAGAACCUGAAGCUGAGAUGGAGACAGACAGCUCUUUCCCUCUGUGCAUUGGGCCUAGCUGCUCCAAACAAGCGUUACCCGAUUCUGUUUACUGUGGCACUGACUGCAUCCUUCAGCACGCUGCUUUCACUAUGAAGACACUCUCCGGCCCUAAGGUGCCCAAGCCAAAAGGACGUCCCCCGAAAAAAGCUGCCCCAGCUAGACCUGCUGCAAAGGCUCAGAGGUCAAGUCGGUUGUCAAAGAGAUUGGCAGAAAAAGCAAAGGAGGAAGGUGAAGAAGUGGAGAUAAGGAAGGAUGAUGGAGAGCAGGAGGCUGCUGCAUCUCCUACAGCCUGCGACCCCAGUCUCACAGAAGUACAGGCCACUUCCAUACCAUCAUCUAAGUUUUACACAGCGUCUAAUGACGACAGUAAAAAGGAAGAGGCUGACAGUGAGGCUUCAUCAAACCAGUGUCCAGAAGAACCCUCAACAGAUGUGGCUCUGCUUUCCCAGCCUGCACCUGAAGCAGACCCACCACAGAGCGACUCUCAAGAAAAAGCAAAGGAGAGAGUCAAUAGCAGCUUGCCAAAACACGAAUCUGAAGAAUCAGAUCCCCCAAUACCACACACUUCAGCAAAAUCUAGUCUGUCUCCAACCACAGAAUCCCCAACCACCUCAGCUCCCAGACAUCAUGAGACUGGGGCCCUUAUGGUCACUAAGACCGCAUACGUGAUACCAAAGAAGCAAUCUGGAUCUCAGUCUCCAUCCAGCCACGUGCCAGCCACGACAUCAUGCCAGAAGCCUUCUUCAGCCCCCAUGCUGCUUAAUGAAACACGGAAUCUUCCUGUGUCUCCUGCACCCAGUGCACCUUCCUCCAGACCCUCUCAGCCCAAUACCCAGGUUAGACAGAGCAUCCAACGCUCCCUCAGCAGCAUCCUGUUCAAACGGGUGUGUGAUUGUGAGGAUUUGGAGAUGUCUGAGAGUGAAGUUGCAAAGCUUGUCGCGAGCAUUGAGAUGGAGAUGUUCGACAUAUUUCGCAACACAGACAGCAAAUACAUGAACAAGUAUAGAACUAUAAUGUUCAACCUAAAAGACCCAAGAAACAAGGGCUUAUUGUAUCGGGUUGUACAUGGAGAAAUUGGUCCCUUCAGACUGGUCAGGAUGACUCAGAAGGACAUGCAGGCUACUAAGGCACCUGAGCCAAAGGCAAAAGAAACAACUGAGGUUAAGGAUGUAGCUGCGAAAGCAACAACUUUCCAAAAACCUGAAGCAGUGAAGGUUGAUUUGCCCAGUUUGAAACCUACUAGGCCUGACAGAAGACCUGAUAGCACGGAACAGAAGAGAAGUCUUCCUGCUCCAUCUGUCAAGGCCAGAGCAAACCAGCCAAGCCAGAUCAGUGCUGUACCAGAUAUUCUUGCCUGCAUGCUUAAAGACACAACAUCAGAGCACAAAACUCAUCUCUUUGACCUGAAAUGCAAGAUAUGCACGGGUCAGAUGUUGGCUGUGGAAGAGGGGGAACCAGCAAAGAAGAAACCCAAGGUAUCUGUAGGAAGAGAUAAACAUGGACCAUCUUGGAGAAAGCCUGCAGGAGAUGAUUCCCCUCUGCGGGCACCACCUGACUCACCAGACAUGGAUUCUCCAAUAUCUUCACUAAUGGAGCCUUCAUCCCACUUUACUAUUGACCCUCCACCCCUGACAAUAGUAGAAUCACCUGCUUCCCCUGUAAUGGAUUCUCCAGCCUCCCCUACUUUAGAGUCUCCUGCUUCCCCCGUCAUGGAGUCCCCUGCGUCCCCAACUCCAGACACUCCUAAAGCUGCUACACAAAAGAGAGAAUAUACACCAGUUGUGAUUCCAGCUGUCUCCACGGUUACCAUCACAAGACGUGACCCCCGCACGGCAGCAAGCAGGUUCUCUGCUUCAUCUAGUAGCGCCUCUCGUUCCAGUAGCACAACCCAUAACGAAGGAGCUCCUUAUGCCCCUAUUAAAGAGGCUACUGCCUCACAUUCGGCACAAGCGCCCUCACUACCACCAACAAUAACAUUACCUAAAUCCAUCUUAAUGAAACCAUCUUCCACUGCAGAUCCACGACUUUAUGGCACAUCUUUAAGGAGCUCUGAGUCCCCAGUUGAUGGCCAGACCACUCAGUUCCUGGCUAAGCAAGACAUACUGUGGAAAGGCUUUUUAAACAUGCUGAGUGUAGCCAAGUUUGUCACCAAGGCAUAUCUGGUUUCAGGAUCUGCUGAAAAUCUUAAAGCGGACCUACCUGAUACCAUACAAAUCGGGGGACGAAUUAUGCCCGAGACAGUGUGGGACUAUGUAACAAAGAUAAAGACCUCUGUGACUAAGGAGUUAUGUGUGAUCCGGUUUCAGCCUGCAACAGAGGAGGAAGAGGUGGCCUAUGUCUCCUUGUUUUCAUAUUUCAGCAGCAGAGGUCGUUUCGGUGUGGUCGCCAAUAGUAGCAAUUCCAUCAAAGACGUAUACCUUGUCCCACUCAGUUCAAAGGAAUCAAUCCCAUCCAUACUACAACCUCUUGAAGGACCAGGCCUUGAAAAAAAACGGCCUAAUCUUCUUCUGGGUCUUGCGAUCGUCCAGAGGACAAAACGUCCAGGAUGCUUGCCUCAGGAAACCGAAGAGAAGAGACCCAGAGUUCACAUGUCCAGAGACCCUAUGUGGAUACCAAAACCACCUGUCCUCUAUGGUUCUGACAAAUUGGAGAUAUUCCAACCCUAUGAUCCAGAGACUCCUACUAAUACCACUCCUCCUGCCUCACCAUCUUGCCCUGGGUCACCGUCGGACUCUUCCUCUUCUGGGUCAGUUAUCAUACCAUCUGUUUUGACUUCAGUUAGAGCGACCCCCCCUGUUUCUACCUCAGCCACUUUUGCUGCUACACAGCCCACCUCUAAUAGCAUCUCUGACAAGGAUCUCUCAACAGCAUCCAGUAAUAAGACACCACUACAGACUAUCUUGAAGACUUUGUUUGGCAAUAAGCAGUCUGACUCCACUGUCUCAUCUGAUGGAAGUUCUGCAAAAACAACAGCAAGUGCUAAGAAGAUGGCAGUGCUUAGUCAGGUGUCUGGAUCUAUGGUUGAUCCAAUUGUCCAACAGUAUGGACAGAAAUCUAAAAUCAAAGAGAUAGAAGUAGAGGACAAUGAAUUUGAUCGACCAUAUGACCCAGAGGAAGAGUACGAUCCAGCAGGGGCAUAUAAAACUGUUGCUCCACAGACCAAGAAAAAAAAUAAGGCAGAUGGCCCUGCAUUAUCAGGCAUUGUGGAGGAUGAUGUGGCCUAUGAUCCAGAGGAUGAGACUAUCUUUGAAGAUAUUCAAAGUGGUAUUGCUGUAAAAAAGCCCCCUGUUCCAACUCAAACGUUAGAUUCUCCAUCUUGUCCAGCAGAAGUUCCCUCUUCUAAUGCAGCACAAACUUCUACCCAAGCUGCAGUAAUGCCAACCCUUCCUACAGGCACUGUGGUUGUCUCAGCUGCAACACUGAGUGAACAACAGCGGAUGCUUGAGGAGCUAAAUAAGCAAAUUGAAGAGCAAAAAAGACAGUUGAAAGAGCAGGAAGAGGCACUACGUCAGCAGAGGGAGGCUGUGGGUAUGUUCAUGGCUCACUUUUCUGUUUCAGAUUCCCUGACAUCUCCCCCAUCAAAAUCUUUGCCUCUCAACCAAUUGUCAUCACUGCACAGUAGCACAAUACAAACAGAGUCAAAGCCUUCAGAUCCAACAGACAGUACUGUCAAUCUUACAGAGACUGUGGAUAAUUCAAAUGUGGAUUCACAAACCGUUAAGCUGGUAGACACAACUGAAGUCCAUGAUUUUAAAAAUGAUACAGAAAAUGUUGCAGAGCAAGAUGAUACACAGGAAAAUGUUGAGGAAUGUGACAAGUAUUCCUCUGCUGGAGAGAUUGAAGAUUCUGAUGUGGCCUAUGAUCCUGAAGAUGAAUCACUUUUUAAUGAAAUUCAAGAGGAUGUAUUUAAAGGUGCAAGUAUAAAGUCCAGUGAUUCUUUGUCUAGAGCAGGGCACAGUGGUGGUCACAAAGGUACGUCUCCGAAUUCACAUAGCAGAAAGCGAAGGUCAUCACCAAAGAGGCGGAGUCGACGUGAAAGGGACCACCACAGGAGCCCUUCAAGAAAGUCACAGCGACGUUCUCCUUCACAUUCCCGACGACGUCGAGACAGGGAUAGGCAUAGAAGAAGUGAAAGGGACAGGUCAAGGCACAGAGUUAGAGAUCCAUCUGAACGGCAUGGACGCCAUCGUAAAGACCAUAAUAUGCGCCGACAUUCCCGUGGACAUAGAAGGUCGUCGUCAUCUCCUCAAAAAAAAGAUUCUGUGUCCCUUUCGCCAAAGCAGCACAGAGGGCCCUUCCCUGAAGUCCUUGAGAAAUCAAAACAUGCUCUAGAUUCUGUUGCUGAACUAUUUGCAGAGGGUAACACAUCAUCUUCACUAGUUACUAUUAAAAAAGAACCUGUUGAGAGCCCUGAUAAAGAUUUGGCUUCUUGUUUACAUGUUAAGCUUGAGACUUCAGAACCCCCAAAAUUUCAGGAGCUUCAAAAAAAUUCCACAGUUAGUGGUUCUUCUGCACCAGUGGAUAAACCCUCACAACAGGAAACUCUGUAUAACAGCAAAUUUGAAAGCACAGUUCCACUAAGAGAAAUUGAUCCACCCAUUCGAGAUUCUCCUCAGAGCCCUGAUCCAGAACCACAGUUUCUAAAACCCAACAGCAUAGAAAAGAAUGACUUUGUUAAGACAGAGGAAAUCAGAGAUCCCCAGGAGCAUACCAUUGUCCAAAUGCAAUUUGGUAACGCUGAAAAUAAUUGUCUGCACAUUGGUAGUCAAGUAACAAUGUCCAAUAACUUGAGUCCUACUGUUGGAGAGCCAGUCUCAAAUGUGAGAAACUUACUUUUUAGAGAUGUAGGUCUAAAGGUCCCUGGCUUAAGGCACCCUGAAAUGAUGAGUCAAGGGGGAGGACAUCCAAGUUCAGCUACACGCUCAGAUAUUCAGAGUACGAGUGGUCCAGGUAUUAGUAAUCCAAGACCAGAUUUGAAAGAAAUUGGUGGUCAAGCAAAACAUGUGAAGGAACCAGGGAUAUCUGUGCCGGGUUUAGAGCCAAAUAUAAGAGACUCAUGUAUUCAACAUCGCAAUCCACAUGUGGGAGAAUUAGGCAUACAGAAUGAGAGGGCAAAUCCAGUCAUGCAUGGUCAUUUGUCAGGUAAACUUGUUCCUGAUCAUGGAGGCUCAAGGUUAAGGGAUUGUGUGUCAGCAGUGUAUAAUUUGAAUACAGACUCAAGGACACCGGUUAUUGUUGAAGAGAGAAGCCAAAAUGUUAGUUGUCCGGAGAGAAGUUUACUGUGUCUAAAAACAGAGGAGAAUAGAUCACAGCCAGAAAAUCCAGAUGGCAAAGCAGAUGCAAUAAAAAUAGGGAUAGAACAACCAUGUGGGGGCCCACAAUUAGAAGGUCGGGCUCCAGAUAUAGGAGAAAUGGGACAAAAAGAUGGAGAUGAAAGUCGACAUUCCAAAGCUUUGAGAUCUGAUAUGAUGGGUGUGUAUCUAAGAGAUUCGAGUCCAUCUUUGAUGGGCUCAAGAGGAGUUCAGAGGCAGUCAAGGAACGAUGGCAGUCCAGCUUUAGAAGAAAGAGGCUCCCAGAAAAGAGCCUUUCAGCCACGUGAAAGAGAUGUAGACUUGAGCAGGGUAACUGAUGUUCACGAAUGGAGUUUUGAUUCAAGUACAUCCAUAGGCUCAGAGGGAAAACUUCUAAUGGCAGAUAGACUAUCUGCAAUAACAGAUGAAAAGCAGGGGGCACAAAGAGGUGUGCAUGUGAGAGGACCAGGACUAAACCUAAAUUGUAAAAAUGGUGAACCUAACAUGUCUUUCAUUGGACAAGAAGUCCCACAGCAAGAUGUAGGGGCACAAAGGAGUGUACAUGGCCCUGACACAAGAAAAUCAGAAACUAUGCAUGAAAUAAGAACGCCAGAUAUGACUGGAAGAAAUCAUAAGGAGCCUAGUCAAGAUAUCUAUGGCAUGGGGCGCUCAGACGCAAGGGGCGAUAGAAGAAGUUCAAGUAGCGCUAGUGGGGAAACCGGCCAUAAUAGGAGGAAUGCUGACAUGCAAGAAGGAAAUACACAAAGUCAAUGGCCAGACAGGAGAAAUGAACAAAAGGGCCCAGAAAACAGAGAUUGGAGAGGUAUUGUUGGUCCUGAUAUAAAAGGUCAGAGGAAUCAAAAUAAAGACCUGGGUCCACAUAUGAGGGAUCCACAUUGGAAAGGCCCAGGAUCAGACAUAAGAGACAACUGGAGAGCCCACCAGUCUGAUCGGCAGGGCCUUGACAAGGAGAGCCAGGGGCCUGAGAAAAGAGGUGUUGGAGGCCUAGGACUUAGACAACCAGGGCCUGAAAUGAGAGAGCCACACAUGCAGGACCUGAGGCAGGACUCAAGAGGACCAAGAGGUCCGGAUUUUAUAGGACCAGGACCUGAAAGGAGGGGUCCUGACAUGGAGGUCCCAGUGCAUGACAGAAGAGGACUGGGAGGUUCAGAUUUCAUGCGACAAGGACAUGAAAGAAGAGGUCCUGACAUAGAGGUCCCAAUUCAUGACAGGAGAGAACACAGAGGUCCGGAUUUCAAAGGAUCUGAAAGGAAAGGUCCAACUAUGAACAAUCAGAAACCUGGUUUGAGAGUGCCAGGAGGUCCACACUUUUUGGGACCAAGACUUGAAAAUAGAGGUGUAGCUGAGGAGGGUCAUGGGCUUGACAGAAGAGGACCUGUGGGUCCACAUUUCCGAGGUUCAGGGCCUGAGGGGAAAGGUCCAGCUAUAGAGAGCCAAGGACCUGAUGUGAGAGGGCCAGCAGGUGCAGAUUUCAGGGGGCCCUGGCCUGAAAAGAGAGGUCCAGAUAUGGUUGGUACUGGGCCUGAUAGGAGAGGACAAGGAGAUCCAGAUUUCAGAGGACCAGGUUUUGAAAGGAGAGGUCCCCCCAUGGAGGUUUCUGGAACAGACAGGAGAGGACAUGGUCCAGGUUUCAGGGGACUAGCGCCUGAAAGCAGAGGCUUAUUUAUGGAGGCUUCUGGGCCUGAGAAAAGAGGACCUGGUGGUCCGGAUUUUCAUGACCCAGGGCCUGAUAGUAGAGCUCCUGCUCUGGGUGGUCCAAGGCCUGACAGGAGAGUAUUAGGAGGUCCAGAUUUUAGUGGGUCAGGAUGUGAAUUGAGAGGUCCCUCGAUAGAUGGUCAAGAGCCUGAUAGGAGAAGACCAAUAGUUCCAGAUUUCUGGGGACCGGGAUCUGACAGGAGAAGUCUUCCUACUGAUGGACUAGGACCUGAAAGGAGAGGUCCAACCAUUGAAGGUCCAAGGACUGACAGGAGAGAACCUGGAGGUCCAGAUUUCCGAGGACCAGUUCCUGAAAGCAGAGAAUUACCUGUGGUGGGUCCAGGGCCUCAUGGUAGAGGUCAAGGAAGGCCACAUUGCAGGGAUCGUGGCUCAGAAAUUGGACAUCCAAAUAUGGAGGGUCCAGGGCUUGACAGGAGAGGUCCAGACUUCAGAGGACCAUGGCUGGAAAGACCAGGUUCUGGUAUGGAGACUUCAGGGCUCAACAGGAGAGGGCCAGGAGGUCCAAAAAUGGGGAGACCAGUGUUUCAACAUGCAGGUCCAAACACAGACGGUCCAGGGCCAGACCAGAGACUUAUGGAAGGUCCAAACUUCAGGGAAUCUGGGCCCGAAAGAAGACCUCUAGAUAUGGAGAGCCCACAGACAGAUAGGAGGGGACCACACUUUAGAGGGGUGGGGUCUGACGCAACUGUUAUGAGGGGUCAGUGGCGUACUACAACAGGUCCACGAGGUUUUGUAGGACCAGGUUGUGAAGGUAGAGGUCUAGACAUUGAGGGUCCAGGUCAUGACAGACAAGAACCAGCAGGCUCAAGCUUCAGGGAACCUGGGCCUGAAGGAAGACAUAUCGAGGGCCCAGGACCUGACUGGAGAAUAUCAGGUGAUCCAAACUUCCCAUGUUCAAAUAUAGAAGAUAAAAGACAUGAAAUAAGAGAUGACUGGGGAGGAUCUGACCCUAUUCAAGAAAGCCCAGGUUUAGUGGUCCCAAGAUUUGAUAGGCCAGGUCAGAACUUUAGGGGUCCAAGGCCAAUGAGGAGAAAUAUUCGAAGACCAGGACCAGACUUGGACCAGGGCUAUGCAACUGAUAGGAGUGGCACAGGCACUGAGGAGCAAUGGUCAGAUGGAAGAGGGCCCAAUAUGGAGGCUUUAGGAAUUGAAAUAGGAUUUUCAGAAGAUGACUGGGAAAGAGAUAGCCAUUGGAGAGCAGGGCCUAUCCAAGAAUGUUCAGAUGAGCAGGGCCAAGAACAUAGUAGACAAGGUCCUCGUAGUGAAUGGAGAGGCCGUGGACGAAGGGGGCCGGGGCUCGUACGGGAAAGACCAAAUGUGUAUCCGGAAGAUGAAUGGAAUGGUCCUGGUUGUAGGCGUCCAGGGCCUGUUCAGGAUAAUCAAGAUAUGGGAUGCCCAGGGCCCAGUAGGGGAGGACAUGGACAUAAAUGGAGAGAGCCUGAUAGAGGGGGUGCUGGGCCAUUUUUUAGAGGGGAACGAGAGUCACACAAUAGAGAAACAGGAUCAGAUAUGCAAGGACAUCCCGAUAUGGAGAAUGACUGGAGGCAGCCAGACUUCAGGGGGCGCAUGAGAGUGUCAAACAUGGAAAGACCUGAGGCUUAUAGAAGAGGCCCAGGAGGCCCACAUUUGAGACCCCCGGGACCUGGAAAUCAAAAUUCAAACUUUGAAGAUUUAGGGUCUGAAGGGAGACUUUCAGAUUGUGGGGACAUAAGAUCUGAAAGAUGUGCUGUUGACAUGGAAAAUCCUGGACAAGAAUUUGAGCAGGAUUUUAGAAGGGAAAGGAGAGGUCCAAAAAUGAGACGACUUGGGCCUGAUAAAAGAGAUAUGAGGGGGCCAUCACCUAAAAGUUCAGAUUUAAGACAUGGAACUGUUAGGUUUCCUGGGUCUGAGAGAAGAGGUCCAGAAAUGAUUAGCUCCAGUUUGGACUCACAGGGAUUUGAGCAAUCAGAUUUCAGAGACCCAGACAUGAGGGAUGGGGAACCAGAGCAGCGGGGUCAAACUUUUAGUAGUGAAAGAAAAGUUCCUCAUCAGGCUCCUAGUUUUCAAGACCCUAGUGAUCCAUAUUCAGUACCAUUCAAUAGGUCUCUAGGUCCAGGUCUAAACAGAGGAGGAAAAUCAUUUACUCCUUUGGACAACCCACAAAAUCAGCAACCCAUAAGACCCCCGAGACACAGAGGUGCCUUACUACCCACUCCAACAGAGGGUCUAAUACAUUUCCCAAACAUGUGAUGUAGAAUCAUGAUGUCUUUAUCUUCAAACAAAAACAAAUGGGUCAUCCAACAGACAUUGAAUUGAGUAGAAGUAGACCACUCUGGCAACAAAGAGGGUUGGUCAGAACACAGGGACCGGGAAAUCCACCUGUAGGUGUAAAGAUAGAGGAGGGAAGAAGAAAGAACGGGAAGGGGGCAAUUAAACUGAUAAACAGGGGAUGUAAAAGAUGCACAAUGACAGAAAUAGAAGCGACGCUGGGCCGAAUUAGAGUCAGGCAAAAUAUCACAAAAGAUCAUGAAGGCUGAUGUUCUAGACCUGCAAAACCCCCGCCUAGCAUCAUCACACUGGAUAAAAAAUACUUAAGCCUAACUUCCAUUGAAUGUAUUUUUUUCCUCAAGGAAUGCGGUUUCCUUGUCUUCCUGACGUUUCAGCUUGACCUACAGGUAAAGCCAUGAGAAAAUCUGACAUUGUAACUUGUCAUAGAAAUGGUCAGAGGCAGAUGUAUUUGUGUUAAUUUGUUUUGUUGUGUUCAAAGUAGAUGUGUUUCAUUUGUUUUUUCAUUAUUAAUUAAAUUGCCUCUUACAUGCAAUUGAGCAGUUGUAAAUUCAACUUGUUGUGUAUUUCUUGUUGGAAAUAGAAAUGUUUUGUACAGAAAAUGUACAGUUUCUUUGUUGUUGUUUUUUUAUUAUUAUUUUUAACAUAGCCAUAGUGUCAGUAGUGUAGCCCUAAUUAUUAUGGCUUGUUUCACUGUUACCAUGCAAGAAAUCAAUAAAAAGACAUACCUUUUAAA